UAUGUAUAAUUAGAAAUGGACUCUCGCACGUGCCUAUCCACCAGCGAGCCGAUCGCCCCCUUCGGUCUUCCUCGGCUCGGGAACGAAGGUUCGAGGAUCUUGAAGAUGGAGUUAUCUACGUUGGUUCUUCUCGUAAUGGCUUGUGGUUUGAGGGUGGGAGCUGAUGGAACCAAUCAUAGGUACAAAGAGGGUGAUCAUGUCCCCCUAUAUGCCAAUAAGGUCGGACCUUUCCACAACCCCAGCGAGACAUAUCGUUACUAUGACUUGCCAUUUUGCUCACCAGGUUAUUCGUUUAUCCUUACUGUUCCAUCGACUUCUGAGCUGCAUGAGUCUGUUAGCAACACUGUUUAUAGGUUUGUUAGUGUGUACAACUCUUUACAAAACUUUGUUGAUUUAGAGCAUGUUACCGAAAAGACGGAUGCCCUUGGGGAAGCUCUAAAUGGUGAUCGUUUGGUCGAUGCACCGUACGAAUUAAUUUUUUUGGAGGAGCAGCGGUCAAAGUCUCUUUGUAAAAAAAACUUGUCAAAAGAAGAUGUUGCAAAGUUCAGACAUGCUGUAUCAAAGGACUAUUACUUUGAAAUGUAUUAUGAUGAUCUGCCUUUUUGGGGUUUCCUGGGCAAGAUCGAGGGGGUCAAGACUGAUUCGGGCAAAGACAAGUACUUUCUCUUUAAACACAUUCACUUCAAUAUCCUUUACAAUGAUGAUCGGGUCAUAGAGAUCAAUGUACAAACGGACCCCAAUAUUAAUGUGGAUAUCUCGGAGGAUAGGAAAUUGGAUGUCGAGUUUUUAUAUUCUGUGACAUGGAAAAAUACUGACAUAUCUUUUGAAGAAAGGAUGACAAAGUACUCAAGGACAUCCUCUAUGCCUCAAUAUUUAGAGAUUCAUUGGUUCUCAAUUGUUAAUUCAUGUGUGACUGUCCUUCUUCUGACUGGGUUUCUUGCUACGAUUCUCAUGCGUGUGCUCAAAAAUGAUUUUGUAAAAUAUUCUCUCAUUGAGGAGUCUCUUGAAGAUCAAGAGGAUUCUGGAUGGAAAUAUAUCCAUGGAGAUGUCUUCCGAUUUCCAAAUAACAAGUCUUUGUUUUCAGUUAUUAUUGGUUCUGGAACUCAGCUCCUAGUGCUACAGAUGAAAUUUCUGAUGAGGAUAUUAGUUACUUGAGUUAGGACACUGUGGCAAUCCAACAAUUGUACAUUGAUCAAUUUCUAUUGGAAUCUUCGAAAAAAUGCAUUAGAUGGAAGAAAACUUGUGCUGCGAAAGACUUGUAAUUGUAAUGGUUAUAGUGCCAUACAAAAUAAACUUUUAUCAGGUAACUUCCGAAAUGUCAACAUUUUCUCCAUUCAUGAAGAUGUGAUUACAUUUGUUUUAGGAUAUAUGUAAUACUUAUUCAUCAUAUUUUCUGAAUGACAGCUGUGUAUGACAGAGAAUUACAAGCUUUUAGAUCUUUCAGUCUUCCUAAUCUAUGUCAUGUCAUCUGAGGGGAUUGAGGGUGUAUAUAUGCUGCAGAAAUCUUGUAUUAGCUGACUGCUGAGUAGCACAGCUCAAAAUAAAGGUUGCCGCUCUAUAUAAUUUUAUUUGUUAUUUGCUAAUGAAAAAAGUUCUAUAAUUUUAUUUCUUGGUCGCACAGCACACCCACAAACUGACGUUCAGACAAUCGUAACUAAUAGAACUUUUGGAAACUUGAUUCGUUGUAUUUGUGGUGACAAACCAAGACAAUGAAAUUUCACCCUCGCACAAACUGAAUUUGCCUAUAACUGCAUAAUUCAUAAUUUUAUUGUAGCAUCACCGUUCUCUAUUGUUUACAAGAAAGUGCUGAAGCAUGUUCUAAAUUUAGUUUGUCUAGAAAAAACUCCUGAUAUGUGUGUAGCAGCUAACAACAUAGUUGAGCAAGUACAAUCAACCCAGGCUAAUGUGAAGAAGUUGAAAGCUACUAUUGCCAGGUACAAGGAAGCAGUUGAUAAGCACAGGAGAGAGAAGGUGUUCGAGGAAAGAAAUAUAGUUAUGGUGUACAUGCGAAAAGAGAGAUUUCCCAUUGGCACUUACAACAAAUUAAAGUCGAAGAAGUAUGGUCCCCAUAAAUUCUUAAAGAUAAUUAAUAACAAUGCUUAUGUGAUUGAUUUACCAGAUGAUUGGGGAAUUUCAAAGACCUUCAAUGUUGUAGACUUAUAUGAAUCUUUUUCAAAUGAGAAUCCAUUGUAUUCAGAUAUAAACUCGAGGACGAGAUUUUUCUCAAUUGGAGGUGAUUAGUACGGAACAAGUAGAAGGAGACUAUUUUCAAAGAGCCUAAGGCUACCCACUUAUCACUUUUUUUAUCCCACAUUGUUAAUUUUUAUGUUUUUUUCAAUUAUCUCACAUUGUUAGUUGGUUAGUUUUCAAGGCCUAGAACUAGUAUAAAUAAUGACCUCAUCUAAGCAUAUGGAAUCAUAAAAAAAGCAAUAUCUUCAAGUAUUGUAAAGUUUGUCUCCACUAUAAGGAGUUGAUUUCCCUCAUCCUCCCUUAUAAAGGUUAGUUUACUAGAAUCAUUUUUGGUAGUAAUUUCUUAAUUUUAUUUCUGUAUUACGUCAAAUAGUUAUAUCGGUUUAUAACAGAUUGGGAGGUGACGAAGGUGUUUAUCAUAAUGUAUAUGUAAUUAUUUGAUGAUUAGUAGUAUUCAAGUGCUUGUGAAGAAGUAUACGAAUAUAUCACAGCAUAUCAAUAGCAAAACUCAAGAAAAGUUGAAUGUUUAUAAAUAAUUUGAAGAUUUUUUAUGGAAUGUGUUCAAUAUUAUGCUUGUUUUGAGUCCUCCAAAAUUUUCUUUCAAAGCAUAGGAAGUUGAACUUUUCUCUGAUUCAUUUACCCAUCCUCGUAUAACAUGUUUUUCACUUGUUUAUUGACUUAUUCUUUGUGUUUUCGUUGCUUUAGAAGUCUUAUAUAAUGGUGUUUGCUUUCUCGUAACAUGCAGAUAUGACUAUUCAGAAUAUGGAGCAUCUACUGGUAAGAUAGGCUAUUUUCUUGAGAUAAAUGGUUUGCGAGGGUGAUCUAAAUUUUUUGUUUAGGGUGGUUGGUUGGGGUUUGGGGUGCCAGUGGGACUCUCAAUCAAAACCAGUCUACUGUUAGACAUUGUUGCAAGUGUUUUUGUUUCUAUGUGAUCUAGAUUUGGGAGAGCCAUCGAGACAUUUAUGCUAAGUUUUGUUAGUAUUUUUAGUAUUUUGUUGUUCAUUGGAUUUCCAAGGACUCAUUUCAAUUUUUGUGAUCUUGUGUUUCGUUUCACUGUCUAACUUUAUAGGUUUGCACAGCCGUUGAAUUAAUCUACCGUGCAUUUCUUUAUGUUCGAAUAUGUACCACUUGUCAAUUUGUGUUAUAGAUUGUCAAUAAUUCCUUAUAUUUAGUGUGAACUGAUACGCCUUAUUUUGAAGUUAAAAUGUGUAUGUCAGAAUGAUCAUUAUAAAUAUUCCCAGUAGAUUCUGUUUUGUUUUAACAGCAGGAUGUCUUUCUUGUAGGGUACCGAAGAUGAUGUAGUGAAUUGGCUUCAUGGACAUGGUUUAUGGAUACUAGCGAAAGAACCGUACGAUCCCUUAUGGAUCAAAUGAGGAGGUCAUUGCAACCUAGAGUUAUAUCCAGACUACAUCCGUCACCUAUGCAAGUUUAUUCAGGAAAUGGAGAACCUCACGACUGCAACCCGGCUCAAGAAGAUCCGGCAAACUCUCAAACUCCCUGCCAAAGCUGCCGCAACCUCCAGCACCACCACCUUCACGACCAACUGUUGCUGCCAAAUUAGAUGCAGGAAACCCGAUUGCUGGAGUUGCCCACGGAGAGGAUGUCUGAUGGUGCGAUGCUCCAAGGGAUCUGCAUACGUGUGCAACUGGUGUUGUGGAGAUUGGCAUUGAUGGUGGCAUCCGCUGUACAGAUUUGCUCAAAUUUCUAAACCUGUCUAUUGUAUCGAAACAUUAACGAAGGCAAUCGGGCUAUCAUCUGUGUGCAAAUUGAGAGAAUAGAUAUCAGUUUUUUUUAACUGAAUCUUCACUGAUGAUCUCUAUGCUGUUGAAAUAUCAAUUUGUUGGUAUUAUAUAGUCAUUGCCAA